CUUCCCCCUCCCAUCCCCCCCCCCCCCUCUCCUCUGUCCCAGCUCAAGCUUUCGUCUUCGUCUUCGCCAUCGUCGUCGGGACAUCGCCGGCGGUUUGGUUUGUUCUCUCUCGGUCGUCGUCGGCGGCAAUUGCGACAUUGAGCACGGUGGUGGUGGUGGCCAUCUAUGGCGAAGCGGGCGGGCGGCGCGAGGAAGAAGCUGAGGAGAGGGCUGUGGUCGCCGGAGGAGGACGAGAAGCUGAUGAACCACAUUGCCAAGUAUGGCCAUGGCUGCUGGAGCUCCGUCCCCAAGCUUGCAGGCCUUGAGAGAUGUGGGAAGAGCUGCAGGCUGAGGUGGAUAAACUACCUCAGGCCAGACCUCAAGAGGGGAGCAUUCUCACAGGAAGAAGAAGACCUCAUCAUCCAUCUCCAUUCCAUGCUAGGAAACAAGUGGUCUCAGAUUGCGGCUCAGCUGCCGGGUCGGACGGACAACGAGGUCAAGAACUUCUGGAACUCUUACAUCAAGAAGAAGCUUCGCCAGCGCGGCAUCGAUCCGGCCACCCACAAGCCGCUCGCCGAGGUCGUCGCCGCCGCCGCCUGCGCCCGCACGCCGGCGGUGUUCAGCGACGCCGAGCUCAUCCUGUCCUCCAUCGGCGCCCAGCCGCCGCCGGAGAGCUAUGAUGGCAGCCGGUACAGCACGGAGUGCGGCGCCGCGAGUGUCGGCGGCGACGGGUCGCUGUCGUCGCUGUCCGGGUACAGCCAAGCGACAGCGGAGUUCGCGGUGGACGGCGCCAGCGCGAGCGCGCUGCUGCACUGCGGCGGCGGCGGCCCCACCUCCUCCGGUGGUGGCGCCCCGCCGGCGCCCACGGCGGCGGUUAUCCCGUCGGUGUCGAGCUCCAGCACGCUGAACUCGAUGGUUGGCCUAAGCCCCGCCGCCACCACCACCACCACCACCACCGACGAGCAGUACGGCAACACCAACCACCUCCCAUGGCUGGAGCUGGGCCCAAGCACCACCACCCCCUCCUCCUCCGCCGCCGCCGCCACGUUCGACCACUACGGCGCCGCGCUGGACGAGCUCAAGUGGUCCGAUUACGUGUUCGACGGCUACAACCACCAGCUACCUCCGUACAACCAUGGCGGCAUCUAUGGCGGCGGCGACAGCAAGGACACGGCGGUGCACUUCGACGCCCACGCCCUCGGCAACUGGUGCUAGCAGCUACCCCUCCGUAAAAAAAAAAACAAUUCUAGCUACAAACCUGGACAUAUGCGUGUCUAGAUUCAUAGCUAAAGUUUGUUUUUUUAUGGGACAGAGUAGUACCAUCUAGCUAAGCUCGAAUCCACCCCAAAUUAGGCGCAACGAGACCGACGGCGAGCGAUGAGCCAUAGCAAUGAUCAGCCGAUCAAUUAGUAGGCGCCAUAAUUGCAUGCAAGCAUGCUGCUACGUAUAAAUGUACGUAUACCUACGGGUCAAGUUUUCAACGUGUAUACGCGCGUGUGAAUUAAUUAAGUCGGCGCGUACGUAAUUAAGAUCAUAGCUGAUGUUUGGUGAGAGGUUUUUGGGUUGUCAAAAGAUUUUUUUUUUUUUUGGUUUAGUUUCUUUCAUUUCUCUUCUCUCCUUUGAUCGAUCGAUCGAGAGAUAUCGAUGGAUCGGGCAUUAGUUUGCUGCUUUUGAGUGACAUGAUUGUGAUGAUAAUUAAAGUCUUUAAUCUCGAUCGCCGGUACACGUACAACAUGUAAAGUUCUUCAUAUGAUGAUAUAUAUAAAUAUAUAUAUAGACAUUGAUGCUGAAA